CGCCGGAUUUGAAUCGCGACGCAACUCCGAGGCGGCGGCGGCGCGGGUGGCGGUGAGAUGGGCGGCCCGUCGUUGCCCGAGGCCUGGAAGGCCUACCUCAAGGACCACCGCCUCGCAACGUUCAAGAACUGGCCUUUCCUGGAGGGCUGCGCCUGCACCCCGGAACAGAUGGCCGCGGCCGGCUUCAUCCACUGCCCCACUGAGAACGAGCCCGACUUGGCGCAGUGCUUCUUGUGCUUCAAGGAGCUGGAAGGCUGGGAGCCAGACGACGACCCCAUGGAGGAACACAAGAAGCACUCGCCUGGUUGUGCCUUCCUGUCUCUCAAGAAGCCCUGUGAAGAGUUAACCCUCGAGGAAUUUUUGAAACUGGACAAAGAAAGAGCCAAGAACAAAAUUGCAAAGGAAGCCAGCAGUAAGCAGAAAGAAUUUGAAGAAACUGCACACCAAGUCCGCAGGGCCAUUGAGCAGCUGGGAGCCAGGAAGUGACGCCCUGCCCCACUCCCGUGGCCCGGCCCAGGCGCGGUCCCAGGGCUGCCCCGCUUUGCUCGGGGGCCAGUCACUGUGCCUGAGGCAAGGGGAGCAUCACAGUUUCAAAUGAGAAUAUUUAAACUAUAUAUUUUUUUCUCUUGGAGGUGGGGCCACAGGCUACUUCCGUCUUUGCAUCUGGUGUUGCCAAGUAUAGUGACUGAUUCUUUUCUCUCUGAUAUUUUUGCUUUAUUGAUCCUGGACACGGCCAGAGUGGAAGGAGAGGAAGUGUGGGCGCGGGCAGAGCCCUUCCCGGGCAGGGUGUCUGGGCUUCCUGGUGACUGGCCGUGAGCUGAGGUCCGAUGUGAACGCAAUCAUAGGUCCGUUGCUGCCGGACGAAUGGAGAGUUAGGGUGCCAUUUAAAAU